AUGGCAAAGGCGAAGCAGGCGAAGCACACGUCAGCGGAGCUGAAGAAGAAGGCUCGAGACGCUACGAUCAACCGCGGAGGGGGCUCGGCGGGGCUCGAGGACAGGAAGGGAGGCAAGGCCGGGCACGCCAAGUACGCCUGCCCUGUGUGCAAGCAGCAGGCGCCGGACCUGAAAACGCUUCAGAUUCACCACGAAGCCAAGCACCCGAAGCUCCCGUGGGACCAGGCCGCCGCGGAGAACCUCCACGAGAAGUUUGGGGCCACUACGGUGGGCGUCGCCGUCGUGGGCAGCAAGAAGAAGUGA